GGUUUAUUUGCAUCCUAUGAUACGUGAUGCACAUGGGCGUAAGAUGUCAAAAUCUCUUGGAAAUGUCAUCGAUCCUCUUGAAGUAAUAAACGGGGUAACACUCGAAGGCCUUCAUAAGAGGCUAGAAGAGGGUAACUUGGAUCCAAAGGAGCUGGUUGUUGCCAAAGAAGGGCAAGUGAAGGAUUUUCCAAAUGGUAUCCCUGAAUGUGGUGCUGAUGCUCUCCGUUUUGCACUUGUCUCGUACACAGCUCAGUCUGAUAAAAUAAACCUGGAUAUCCUACGAGUGGUUGGUUACCGUCAAUGGUGUAACAAACUAUGGAACGCUGUCAGAUUUGCAAUGAUGAAGCUUGGCGAGGGUUACACCCCUCUGCCAACUCAAAACCCUGAAACCAUGCCAUUCAGUUGCAAGUGGAUUCUUUCGGUGCUGAAUAAGGCAGUAACAAAAACAGUGGAAUCCUUGAAUGCGUAUGAGUUCUCGGAUGCAGCCAACACAGUGUAUGCAUGGUGGCAAUACCAGUUCUGUGACAUAUAUAUCGAGGCGAUCAAACCUUACUUUGCUGGUGACAACCCAGCAUUUGCCUCGGAGAGGGUGCAUGCUCAACAUGCUCUCUGGGUGUGUUUGGAGACGGGUUUGAGACUACUCCACCCAUUUAUGCCUUUUGUUACCGAAGAAUUAUGGCAACGAUUGCCCUCACCCAAAGACUAUCAAAGGGAGGCUUCUAUCAUGAUCUGUGACUACCCAUCUACUAUGGAGAACUGGACAAAUGAAACGGUGGAAACCGAAAUGGAGACCGUUCUGGCAACUGUCAGAUCUCUUAGGGCUCUCAGAGCGGAGCUGCUGGAGAAACAGAAAAAUGAAAGAUUACCAGCCUUUGCUCUAUGUGAAAAUAACUCAACAUCAGAAAUUGUUAAAUCCCACGAGUUGGAGAUCAGAACCCUAGCAAACCUAUCAUCCUUGGAGGUUCUGUUAAAGGGAGAGCACUCGGCCCCGGCUGGAUCUGCAGUCGAGACAGUGAAUGAGAACCUCAAGGUCUAUCUCAAAGUUGAUGGAGCCAUUAAUGCAGAAGCUUAUACAUCUAACUCUCCACACAACGCUGCCAUUUCACACAUAAGAUGA